AUGGGUUUCUUUGAACUUAUCAGGUUCAGAACCACUUCAACAGAAUCAUCAGAUACUUCGGGAUUCUUAUGUAGAUAUUCCUCCGCACCUACAUCAAGAUGUACAAGUCCAACUUUCCUCACUCGCUCAGAUGAAUUGACCUCCAUAAUUUCAAGAUCCAUCAAACAUCCUGUAUCUCCCCCGACCGCUCGAAGUGAUGAACCGAGUGGAUAUCGAUCAUUCAUCGAUUCAGCUAAAAAGACUAAUCCCACUUACCAACAUCAGAAACUGAUCAAGAUGAAGCCAGUUAGUAAAGAUGAUCAAUUUGGGAUAUUCAUGCAUCGAAAGAGAUCUGGUCAGGAGUGA